CUCUUUUGCCUGUUGUAAUUCUGUCUGCCUCUCUCUGACUCUGCCUGUCUCACUUUCUGUUUGUGCCUCUCCUCACUCUUGUUCUUUCAGUGUGAAUCACAGCCUAUCGAUCUUUCUGCCCUCAUGCCUUUAUCUUUGUUGCACUUGUCUUUCUGCCUUGACACCAUCCUCUUUCCCAGUGUUUUUUACUCUGCUUCUAUAAGGCUCGAUUGCUUAGGCAGGGAAACAGACUAGGGGCCUCUCUCCUGGCUUCCCUCUUCCUUUUACUGAGCCUGCCAGUCAGGAGGGCUGUGGGUCCUGCAGCCGUGGGUGGCCUAUAGCCAAAGGAGGGAGGAGCCCAUCUGGGCGGGAUUGGCCCUAGGUCCACCUCAAAAAGCCUGGGGCCAGGGGCACGACACGUUCUGGAUGAGCCCCGGAGGGCCGGUUUGGUCAGACAGUCUCCACAGGCACAGUCAGGGCUUUGCAGUGUCAUGCCCUGGAGCCCCCGGACCGCGCCAAGCUGGGCGCUGUUGCUGAGGCUGCUGGCACUGCUGCGGCCACCGGGUAUGGUUGAGGCAUGCAGCUGUGCCCCUGCACACCCCCAGCAGCACGUCUGCCACUCGGCGCUUGCCAUUCGGGCCAAAAUCUCCAGUGAGAAGGUAGUUCCUGCUAGCACAGACCCUGCUGACACUCAAAAAAUGAUCCGGUAUGAAAUCAAACAGAUAAAGAUGUUUAAAGGGUUUGAGAAACUCAAGGAUGUUCAGUAUAUCUAUACACCUUUUGAUUCCUCCCUCUGUGGUGUGAAACUAGAAGCUAACAGUCAGAAGCAAUAUCUUUUGACUGGUCAGGUCCUCAGUGAUGGAAAAGUCUUCAUCCAUCUGUGCAACUACAUCGAACCUUGGGAGAACCUGUCCCUUUUGCAGAGAGAAAGUCUGAAUCACCACUACCAUCUGAACUGUGGCUGCCAAAUUACCACCUGCUAUACAGUGCCCUGUACCAUCUCAGCUCCCAACGAGUGCCUCUGGACAGACUGGCUGUUGGAACGGAAGCUCUAUGGGUACCAGGCCCAGCAUUAUGUCUGCAUGAAGCAUGCUGAUGGCACCUGCAGCUGGUACCAGGGCCGCCUGCCCCUCAGGAAGGAGUUUGUUGACAUCAUACAGCCCUAAUAGGGGCCAGUGACCAUCACACUCCUUCAAGCAUCCUGAAGCCCAAGCCAUUUCUCCUUCCCUGUGGAGCUCUGGCUAUCACCAUCUGCCUCAUCACUGCCAGCCAAUGGAAAGUACCAAGUUGAUGGUCUGGCUAGUGUUAGGAUAGGGAUGGGGCAUAUUACAGCUUGGGUCCAAAUGACAGCCCAGCACCUGUCAAGGGCCACAGAAAAUAACAUCACUUUUCUAUCCAGCCUUCAGCCCAUCUCCCCUGUGUCCCAAACCCUUUUAGGCUAGCUAGUAACAGAAACCUGUUACUGAAAGUUUUGAUUUUGGCUUAGUUUGUUUUUGAAAGCCAGAACUGUUCCCUUUUCUCCCCAGGAGAAAGCCAGAACUAUUCCCUUAACUGAUCUGAUAGGAGAGAAAUGGUGAUUAUUAUACAUAUGAGAUAAUGUAGCACUGUGAUGUACAAUUCCAGAAGGUGGGCUGACAGAAUCAGAAACAAGCUGAUUUGGAGGAAUGAAAUGAACAACCCACUAUGGCUUUAUGUCCUUUACUCAUGUCCCUACGCAUCCUAAUCCUCUCAUAUACUUUUUUCUGUUUGGGGAGACACUUGGGGGAAUACAGUCACUCACUGUGAGACCUGCAAUGGCUUAACCUCAUUCUACAUGCUAUAAUCUCCUCUAUACCAUUCCUAGCAGAGAGUCUGGUCCAGUUAACAUAACUCUUUGGACAAGAAUAGACUUAGGUAUUGUCUCUCCAGGUCAACUAUCUUUAAUGUCCUCAACUGAUGUCCAUAAAGCUUCUCCUCAAUUUCUUAAAGUCUUCUCUACUAGAUUACUAAGGUCUUUAUUCCUAAUUCAGAAUUUUUUUUUUAAGCCAAAAAAGCCUUUCUCUUGUAGAGAUGAAAUUCCCCUUUAGCUUUUGACACCUCAGAGAGAUCUUAGGAGGUUCUUUCUCAAGGGCCAAUUUUAGGACAGAGGACAUGAGAGAAAUAACACAAAGACACUUGGGGGAGAAAAAUGGUAGGUGGGGAACAUAUUUUGCAACUGUUACAACUGUUCUCACUGGUCAGCCCUGCUAGACUUUAUGGCAGGAAAAAAGCCAGCUUUGCUCCCUGUCUGCCCUAAAGUUCACUCCCCUCCACCACUGUGUAUUAGAGUACUUAGAACUCUAAGUACUGAGCCCUUAGGGUUCCUUAGAUUCUGCAAGGCUUCCUGGCUUGCCCUGAAAGAGAAAGCUCAUAUGUUCAUCUCAAGGAUUUAUGAAGGAUGAGGGCUUAAAUUUCCAGAGCCUCUCCCUGGCAAAGAUGAAUAAGGUAGUUCUUUUCAAGGCUCAAGUUUACUAUUCAUCUUUUGUGUGUAGUUUGCUAAUAAGCAGGAUUAUGACCAAUAUGUCAAAUGAAGGUUCUUGAUUCACAGAAAUGGUUCCAAUGGAGAUCCUUUUUGGAGCAGGGCUCUCUGUCCCACAGUAUGACACUGGAAUGCUAUGGCAGAAAGUCUCCAUUGGUGGGUUAAGCAGGAUCACCAACUGACCAUGCAGGCCUGGGGCAGAGAAUGUAGGGACAGGGAGGAAGAAGGGAGUUGAGCAAGAGGUGGUCAUAAAGAAAAAACAUUAGUUGUAGCCUCCUCACCACCAACCAUGCCAUCUCUCUGUUCCUUCUGACAUCCUAGCAUGGCCUCAGAGAAGGCAUAGUGUUAACCCAGUCAAUCUUGAGGAAGCCAGAGGAAUGGAAGGGGCUGGUGAAUAAUUAUAGGAACAACAUCUUACAUCUGAGUUGUACUUCACACUUUUCCAGAAGGCUAUCACCUAAUCUCACUUACUUUUUAUAAGUACCAUAUUAGAUAUCCUGGUCAGGAAUAAUUAUGCCAUUGAACUUUCCUAUUGAGAAACUCACACACAGGGAAUCUAACUAGUCAAGUGAUAUGUGGCAGGGCCAGGGCUAGAACCCCAAACAGGAGGAUCCUCUGAUUGUUGAUACACAGAUUUAUUAGUUUCUCAACUUGAUAAAAUGCCCAAAUUUCUACUCUUAGCUAUUUGGUCUCCAGACUUUGGAAACAAGGGGUUAUCAAUUAAAAUUCAGCUGCUCUAGCCCCAUAGUUUAAUCCCAACAGAGUGUCUGGGGUUGAAAUGCUGAGGCCCUCUUUAGGGCCCCAUAAUCCCCAUGUGGCUCAGAAUGUAAACAGCAGAGGAACUAAAGUCCCCACUCAAUCACCUACCAUCUCUUUAUGGUUGGGGUAGUAUGUCUGCUCAAUGAGUGGGAACUUUUCUCCUCCCAAUGUCUUGUAGAUGGCCACCAGCUGGGCAAACUGCAAAAGAGAAGCAAAUGAUUCAGCUUAUCUAGACACUGCUUUAGACAAACAUCAAUCUAUCAAACAAAUAUUUACUGAGCAUUUGCUCUGUUGGGGACUUUGAACAAAACACUGAGGAUAUAAAAAAUGUACAAUUCUUGUUUUUAAAGAACAUAUGCACUGGGUGUGGUACAUAAACAAUGAAUUUUGAAAACACUGCAAAUAAAAUUAAAUUAAAUUUUAAAAAAUAAAUUGAUUUUUAAUCAUUAUUUUAAAAAUUUAAUAAAAUUAAAUUAAAAAAAUAAAGCAGCAAAAAAAAAGAACAUAUGCAUUAGUUGGGGAAGGGAGAAUGCAUUAACAUUCAUUCAUUAUCUAUACAAUUUUACAGUAUUUCAUUCAUUCCCCAUAUCAAAUUGAUGAACUAGGUAUUUUAUCAUCUUUAUUUUACAUAUGAAGCUCAGAGAUGGUAGAAUAGUUGCCUGAAGUCACAGAACUACAAAAAGGUGAAGCUGGGAUUGAAAUUUAGAUCUCUAACUUUAAAUACAUGAUCUCUAGAGAUGACAAUUGAUAAAGCUAGAUAGGUAACAUGGGGACAAGUCUUGAAAGUUCCAAUUCUAAGAAAGGAAUGGUAGCUGUUUUCUGCAGACAGUAUGGAGUCAUAAGAAUUGGAGCAGGGGUCAUGAAUAAAGCUGUUCUUUAGGAAAAUAUUGAUGCUCAUGGUAUGCAGGAUAGACAGACCUAGACACUCUAGGACUUAUUACUCAUCUAAGAACUGAAUUCUGGAUCCUUUACCUAGGAGAAUCCAGAACAACUCUAUGAAGAGGUGAGAUACACAUACUUACAGUCUGAGGGUUGAAAAGCCUCAGGCAAACAUCUAGCACCCCCUGGAGUUCCCUGUCCCCACAUUUUAUAAGUGAAGAAACUGAAACCCAGAGAGAUCACUUGCCCAACGUCACAUAAUAGUUGAGGUGGGAUCAUAGUCAGGCCCCUUUAUUUCCAACCUAUAACUCUUCCUGCUGCCUUUCAGACUCUGCAGAGACCAUGCUCUUCCUGUAGGAAACACAUAGGACUUUUCUGCUCAAUCCAUUCAAACACACACCCACCCACACACCUCCAGUGCACUGGCAGCAGGGGUAAUCCAGCAUCUUCCCUGUAGUGCUACUUAGGUUAGUUUACACUUGAAACCACUGAUAUCUGGAACUGCUAGAAGGAAAAGUUGCCAGAUCAAACUUGCCUUCUAUUUAUCAGAGAAAGGAAAGCUAGAACAUUUUUCAAAAGCCUAGCUCCUAUUCUCAAUAAGGGAUGUUGGUACAAGAGCCGGUGGGGACAGGGAAGUGUGGGGGGAGGAGCAGAAACUUAGAACUGGGUUGUUAGAAAACUGGGUUAGAGUCUUUGGGUUCUUGUUCUGCCUUGAACUCGCUAGGUGUCCUUGAGCAAAUGAUUUCUCCUCUCCAGGCCUCAUUUUCUUCAUAAAUAAAAUGAAAGGAGUAAGUUUGAUCAGUUCCUCAAAAUUUUUACCAUAAAGGAAUAUCAUUUUAUUAUAUAUCCUCCCAAACUCCAUUAUCAAACUGCAGUUUAAGUGAUCAUAUAUUGUGAUCCUUUUGUUGUCAGGGACAGAAUUUCAUUAUUUUUGAAAUGCUGGAAAAUGUUGGAAUUUCUGAGUCACUCCCAUUUGUGACACAGCUGGUGACUAUAGAUCUUGAGAGCCUCCUAUAAAACAGAAAAGUAUGAUUCAGAGACUCUUGAACCCUGAAGAUUUUAUUAUUGAGAGACUUUAGAGAGUCUCUAGACCAGACAUCUCAUUUUACAUAUGAGGAUACAGAGGCUAGAAAAGCAAAGGACAGCAUAGGUUACCAGAUCAUGCCUGGAAUUGGGACUGCACUAGGACAGCAACGAGGUAGGUCACGCCUUGCCCCAUUGCAUGUUUCACUGUACCUUGCUGUCCUUGCCAUUCUUUAGUUUUUCAACUUGCUUUGACUGUCAAGACAAACCCCUCAGACCUUUUUUGCCUUCUCUGAUUCUCUCCAUCACCCCAUCUGACCUUUAAGUCCUGCCUGCCCACCUUGGCCACCUUGGAUUCCUGUUCUGCCUCUGGAUAUCUGCCUGAGCUCCCAAGGCUCUCCAGCAUCACCAGCAAGCUGAUGCCAGCUCUGCCUAACAACCUCUGUCCUGCUGCAACCCACGCC